CAUAAGUCGGGUGAGAUUAUCAUGAAUUACAGCAAUCUUAUUCACCUAAUUUACUUCCGUCAUAUUUAAGGCCGAUUUUGUAAACCAGAUAAUCAGUAUAUUGGAUACCUGAGCGCUUUGAGUAUCAAGGUUUAUCGUAAUACAUUAUGAAACAUGGCCGAGGACCAGACGGUGGAGGAUGGCGCUAUUCCAGAACCAGAUUUGCCUUCAGUGCCAUCUGUUGAUGGAACAAGUGGAACCUCCUAUAUAUCGUUACAGAACCAAAACACAAACACAUCAAUUACAAUAAGACGUCCAUACAUACAGCGCAUGUCAAGAAAUAUAAUCAUGGUAGCACCAAGAGCUGAUGAUGAUAAUGAAAUAAGCCUACAUUCGGAGCAUAUGCAAAAUGUCCAUGGAGCUACUGGGACAAACUAUAUUCUAAUGCAUGAAAUCCAAGACAAUAUGCAAAUUUACCACAUACCGGAAACUAGAUUAGAGGCGUAUAUUAGCAGAUUAAGGACAUUUCGUGAUUGGCAUGUACCUUUCCUAGAUCCAGAAGUUCUUGCUGAAGCAAACUUUUCCUACACAGGUAUGGGCGACACUGUAAGAUGUAACGAAUGCGGAGGAGAAUUGUCCAACUGGCAGCCAGGAAAUGAUCCCAGACGGGAGCAUUUAAAUGCGUUUGGAUUCUCGUGUGAUUAAAGAUACCAUAUUAUACCCUGCUAUUGAACAGUGAAACCUUUGUGUUUUUGUAUUGAUCAGCUAUGUGCCAAAAACUACAACAUUUAGUUAAUCUAAAGGCACUGAUUCAUACAUACAAAUAAGUGUAAAAGAUACGAUCAAAACCUACAAAAUAUGCUGCAUUUCAUUUUGAAUAUGUAUGGAACAUAUCAUACUUUAAUGUAAUUCUUGUACUUGUAAAAAAUAUUGUGUUGGCAUAAAAAUAUGUUAAUACAUACAAUCCACGUUAUAACCAAAAUUGGUGUUUAAUCGUUAAAAAGAUCAUCACGUAUACGCUAUGAAGCUUUCACAUCUGAAUCAUUAAAAUUAUAUAUAU